CCUCGCCAUGAAUUUGUUUGAGCGAUGUUAAUUUUAAUAUAUUUCUUCAAAUUUCAAAUAAACCGAUCCAGUUGUUCCUUCUUCAGCAAUAGAUAUAUAUACAUAUAUGUGUUUCCCGUUAUUUAUCCAUGUAAAGCAGACAUUAGCCGUUGAUAUCUUGGCUUCUGUAGGUACCGUUCAUGAAGCCAUCCUUCAUUUCACCGUAACUCGAGAUACGCAUAUAGCUACACUCCUCAGUGCGCCAUGCAGCGUCAACCCGCCGCUUACGUCACCAGGCCGCUAAAUUUAGCGGCGAUUCACUUCCAUAUCGAGAAGCUGCGCCCGUUUUGGUAGAGCAGCGACUCAUACCGGUCGCUCCACUGUGUUUCACGCGCUAGUACCGAGUGCUACCAGUACACUAAGCUCCGAAAAACGCAACGCAAGGAGACACUAUCGAGUAGAUAAAGCACCUGAUUUGCGUUAAUGGCCACAGUCUCGACAAGUUGACCGGUGUGCCACACUCACUGUUGGGUGCCUUCUACGGUGUCAUCGCCGUGAAGUAGGAAUUUGUGAGUCAACGACAACAAAGACUUUUCCGCUUCUGGUCUCUAUAAUCAAAUCGAAACAACUAACGAAAAAGUUGUUCCGAUACAACAAAACGAAUCCUUUUCACUCUGCCGUUCUGCUCCAUUGUUUAAUUUUCCGUUUCCCACCUCACGCGGAUUUGAACCUACUCGAACAGAGAGACCUGAUGUUCCAUUCUCACUACGAUCGGAUCGUGGUAGCAGUAGUAAUACUUCGUGGAAAUCACUCCUACAAUAGCGAGAGCCGUUUAGCGCAAUUGUGCAAACACGCUAUUUAUUGACGCUGUCCUACUGUGGGUUCACGAUUACGAGUAAGCUGGUCUUUUUGAUCGCCAUAGAAAAUCUUUCCACUUAUUCUGAUAGCACCGUGUGCUUGCCAUUUCUCCUUUUUCGUCAUUUAUUAGUGGUUGUGCGGUGAGCAAACAUUUGAAUCUUUUUUUGGAACUAUUUCGUCUUUUUGAAAACGUUGUUCAGACAACAAGCGAGAAAUUGCGGCAAGGGCCAAUAGUGGUGAUGACUAACUCACGCCUCUGGUCUACUGUCAUCUCAUCAACGCCGUGGGCUGUCUGCAACGGGCGUGCAGCCGUCCGACUGGGUAGGAAGUGACUGGGUCGCCUCUGAUGGUCUCUAACCUUACUCUGUAGAACAGACCUUUGUAUAGCCGCCUGCACCCACAAAAAAGAGCGAUUGUUGUGGUUUUGUGACUACAGCCGUAUGCUGGAGGCAGACGUCAGCGUGGGUGCCAUCAGCUGGUUGUAUUCAACUGAUGUGAGUUACUAUGGUACACUAGCGCCACCGAUUAGUCUGGUACUUGGUACUUUGUGGUGUGAUGUGUCUGACGGGUUCUUAUGCUUCUUGAGUAAACAGCCGGAUCAGAGUGUACCUAGUAUAGCAAAUAGGGAGACGGCACUGGAAACAGGCUUCGUACAAGAAAAAAAAAGUCCAUUGAAGAUGUCGAAUGGAGAAGUCUAAGGCAAGCACGAAGACAGAUCAUUACCGUCCUGCAUGAUCUUCUAUUUUAAAAAUGACGCCUCUACAAAUAAUAGCGCUCAUCGGCAUUCUAUUGCCGCUAACAGCUUACACCGACCCCCGGGUUGAUGAAGCCUACGUCCGGUGUCAUCAUCAGCAAACCUGUCGGGAUUGUUUAAACGCGGGUCCACUCUGUUCAUGGUGUUACAAAAAAGACUACAAAGGAGCACGUUGUGAUCUCCUCUUUAUCCACAACGAGCAAUGUCAGGACGAGCAUGACAACCAAAAACAGGAUGAGCGAACAAUCAUUGACGACUUCCCGCUCACUGAGCCACACGUUGCUGUCGGCUCGACAGAUAAAAUUAUUCAGCUCAAACCUCAAAAAAUUUUUGUUCGAUUAAGGCCAGGGGUCACCCAUCGUGUUGAGGUUCAGUAUCGUCAGGCUGAGGACUAUCCUGUCGAUCUUUACUAUCUUAUGGAUUUAUCAAAUUCGAUGAGCGAUGAUAAAGACAAACUUGCUUUGCUGGGAAACUCGCUUGGUUAUGAGAUGAACAAAAUUACUCGUAAUUUUCGACUUGGUUUCGGUUCCUUUGUCGACAAGGUUGUCAUGCCGUUUGUAAGUACUGUACCGGAGAAGCUACAAAGGCCUUGCCCUCAAUGCGUUGCACCCUACGGAUUCCGUAAUCACCUUCCCCUCACAACUGACACAAAUCGCUUCGUAACAGAGGUGCAAGCCGCAAAUGUUUCUGGAAACUUGGACGCACCUGAAGGCGGCUUUGACGCUAUCAUGCAGGCAGUCGUGUGCACCAACGAGAUUCAGUGGCGCGAAAAGGCCCGCCGAAUCUUGCUGUUUUCGACCGAUGCCGGCUUCCACUAUGCAGGUGACGGAAAACUGGGAGGAAUUGUGACUCCAAAUGAUGGUCAAUGCCAUCUUGAUUCAGCCUCGCGUGAGUAUACUCACAGUGCACUUCUCGAUUAUCCCUCACUAAGCCAGAUCAACUCCAAGAUUCAGGAGCACAAGGUGAAUAUCAUCUUCGCGGUCACUGAGGACCAGGAGUCGAUCUAUGCCAAACUGGCCAACAUGCUUGAGGGUUGCAGCCAUGGAAAACUCGCGAACGAUUCGUCGAAUGUGGUGGACCUCGUAAAAGAUCAAUACCAUAAGAUUAGUUCCCAUAUAGAGCUCACCUCCGAUGUCUCCGAGAAGGACGAGUAUCUGUCUGUGACAUUUGAAUCGAAAUGCUUGAACAAGGAACCCGAAGCCGUGCCUCAUGAAACAAACAAGUGUGCUGGUAUUAAGGUCGGUGAUCAGGUGCAAUUUGAUGCUCUUAUUUAUUUAAAGAAGUGCCCGAAGAAUCCGAAUGAAUGGAAACGAACGAUUCGUAUUUCUCCAGUGGGUAUCAACGAGCGACUAGAGAUUGACCUCCAAAUGAUCUGUCAGUGCGCCUGUGAGGCUCAGCAAGGAAAAGUGAAUGCGGAAGAAUGUAACUAUGUCGGCACGUAUGUAUGUGGCGUUUGCAAUUGCAAUGACAGCUACAGUGGAAAAAAUUGCGAAUGUAAAGACUCCGAACAUCCAAGGGUUGGAGACGAGACAUGCAGAGCUGCUAAUGAAACCAGGAUUUGCUCAGGCCGAGGUGAAUGCCAAUGUGGACAGUGCAUAUGCAACGAGAGAGAGUCAAAAACUGAACUGGUGACGGGCAAAUAUUGUCAGUGUGACAACUUCUCCUGCGAUCGUCAUAACGGUAAACUUUGUGGAGGUGAAGAUCGAGGCCAGUGUGUGUGUGGAGUAUGUCAAUGUCACCCUGGCUGGGACGGAGCUGACUGUAGUUGCGCUGCUUCAGACGAAGGCUGUUUGAAUUCAGCAGGGGAGGAAUGCAAUGGUCACGGUAAAUGUCAUUGUGGCAAAUGUAUCUGCGAGCCCGAAUACACUGGAGAUAAAUGCCAGGACUGCCCCACUUGUCCCGGAAAAUGCGACGAAUUUAAGGAUUGCGUUGAAUGCCAGGUCUUCCCUGAAAAUCCGGGUAAACGCUACGAGGGAAAAGAAUGCCAGGAUGUAUGCACAACCUUUAUAACCUUCAAGAGUCCUCAGUUAGAUUUCGACGAGAAUUUGGGCGACAAGUUGUGUGUCUUUCGGGACGCCCAAGAUUGCAAAAUUAGCUUUGUUUAUAGGGAAACAAGCGAUGGCGGCGUACGCGGUUAUAGGGUUCGUGCUAAAGAAAAAGAGUGUGCUGAACCUGUAAAUAUCCUCGCGAUUAUUUUAGGCGUGAUCCUUGGCAUUGUCCUCAUCGGUCUGGCGCUUCUACUUAUAUGGAAAUUGCUAACUACAAUUCAUGACCGCCGAGAGUUUGCCAAAUUUGAGAAGGAACGCACGCGCGCCAAAUGGGACACGGGAGAGAACCCCAUCUACAAAGGCGCAGUGACCACUUUCCGCAACCCAACCUAUGGGGGUGGCAAAUAAAUAAACGCAAAAUUCGAAAGAUUACAUUAAAGUCAAGAAACAGUAGACAGAGCGAAAUACACCAUUUUGAAUAAGUGCCCGUUGCGAACCAAUGGAAGAGAUUUUAGAGCCUUAAAAACAACUUAAAGAUACUCUAGGAGAUAAGAAUUGGUGGCAGCCGAUGGCCAGUUUAACAGUAUGACAACAGCGGUAGCAGAUCAUGCAAAGCGAUUUUGUGUAGGUCGACAACGAAAGCCAUACUCCAGUCGUUAGCCGACCGAUUGCCCAUGUACAGAGCACAUGGACCUUUUGUGCUCUUGUGCGCCAGGUUUUCAAGGCAAGACAUCAAAAAUAUAUUAAAGAGUACAAAAAGGAAAUACUGCGUUUAUUCGCGGAUGUAUCCAUCGAAGCUAAGUUAUAUCGAAAGAAAAAAACAGGUCCUAAGUAAUUUUCGGUAAUAGAACAGUGGCGUACCCCUUGAUAAUGUCAUGACAAUUGCCGACGAUGAAAACACCUGUAUUUUUGAUUACACUACAUCAUACUUUUUUUCUAGCGCCAACUGAUAAGUUAAUCGAAACAGACUUAAGAAAGAGAAAGUAUAGGAGUUAGAGCAAAAGCAUUCGACACGCCACCGGCAAAAACACUCUCUCCAGCAGUUGUCUGUGGAAAAUUAUUUAUUUGGGUGCCACAGGCGAACGCCACUAGAUUAUGUAUGAAAACUAUGUUGUCAGUGUUACUGUAGAUAUAUUCACUGGUAUAGGCUAAAUAUUAUUAACCUUACAUAAGUGUUAAUAAUAACAACUGCAGUGAGAGUAAGUAUCUUAAUAUUUAUGGAAAGAGUCAAAAUUGUCGUGGCGUGAUUGACAAAAGAGUAGGUCUCUUCAAAAAUUCACUUACGACAUUCUGUAUCCUGAUUAACGUGCUUCCCUUUUGGUCUGCGUGAAUGUUAAGUA